CUGGAACGCUCAGACACCGACUAAAGUUGUGAUUGGCGGAGCGGAAGCUUCUUGAUAUAUUCGUAAUCGGGAUCCUGUUGCUCUCAAAUCGUUCCGGACCCGCCCUUGGAGACACCUGCUACUGCUCCGAAGCGGGACAGCCGGAGUGCUUCAGGCCAGUCCCUUGAAGUUGCUCGCCAGAGACUUUGCAUCCUUCAAGUAACUCGGAACUCUUUGAUUCCCGUUGAGGUUCCUGGGACGUUUGAUCAGUCGAAGGAGAAACAUGGACAACGGGGGAGGGAGCGAACAGCGGCUCUUGCCUAGGCUGUGCUGCCCAGAAAAGGGGCCGAACGGCUACGGCUUCCAUCUACACGGAGAGAAAGGCAAAACGGGCCAGUUCAUCCGGCUGGUGGAGCCCGAUUCCCCGGCCGAAAAAUCCGGUCUGAAGGCUGGGGACCGCUUGAUAGAAGUGAACGGGGAGAACGUAGAGAAGGAGAGUCACCAGCAAGUCGUGAACCGCAUCCGAGGCUCGCCGGGCUCGGUGCGCUUGCUGGUAGUAGACUCGGAGACCGACGAACGUCUGCAGCAGCUGGGCCUCGAGUGCCGCGAAGAAUUCAUUCACGGGCUGCCUGAGGAAUCGGAGGCGAAAGGCGGCGGCCAGGAGGCUGCCCUGCAGGAGCAGGAGAACGAAAUGAAAGCGGAUGGAGAGGGAAACAAUCACGCUGCCCAGCGGAAUGAGUUGAGGCCUCGUCUCUGCCAGAUGAAGAAGGGUCCCAACGGUUAUGGAUUCAACCUCCACAGUGAUAAGACGAAGCCAGGGCAGUAUAUCCGGGCUGUGGAUCCAGAUUCUCCAGCUGAAUCUUCAGGGCUGCAGCCUCAAGACCGUAUCAUUGAGGUGAAUGGGCAAUGCAUGGAAGGCAAGCAACAUUCAGAUGUUGUUUCAGCCAUAAAGUCUGGUGGAGAUGAGACCAAGCUGCUGGUGGUGGAUAGUUUAACAGAUGAAUUCUUCAAGAAGUGCAAAAUCAUCCCUUCCGAAGCACACCUGAAAGGUCCUUUACCAGAACCAGUUGCCAAUGGUGAUGUGGAGAAGGGGAGCCUUAGAGAUGACCAGUCAGAGACUGAUCCUGAAAGCCCUUCUAGCCCAAUGACUGUGUCUCCUUCUUCAAUUCUAAGUGAACCUUGCACUGAGCUGCACUCUCAUGAGAAGGAGGAGAAGCUCAGCACCACUUCUGAUCCCGUUCUUGACUUGGACAUCCCACUGGCAGUAGCCAAAGAGCGUGCCCAUCAGAAACGCACCAGCAAACGGGCACCACAAAUGGACUGGAGCAAGAAAAAUGAACUCUUUAGCAACCUGUGAAGCACCCCAACCCCCAAGCAGGGAGGUGAUGUAAGGGCAAUAUUGGAAAAUCUGGCCAGAUCACCACCACCACCACCCACUUUCUCCUAAGCCUCCCUGUCCCCUACAGAGAUGCAUUUCCUUGCCGUUCUCCUCCUCCCCUCUCUUUGCUUAGAAAUGUGGAUGCAAGAUCUUGUGUUGCCCUGGGUCACCUGAAGGGGCAAACAAAUGGCCUGACAAUUCUGCCUGUGCUGUUCUGGAGAAGCCGUUGUAUUUAAAGAGGAUGAUGAGACAUUUUCAUACACCCUCUAUAAAUAGCUCACAUUAACUUGUGGAUGUGAGUCCAAAACGAAUCUGGUGUCCCUGUUGGAUCUGUAGCAGAAGGUACUGUUGCCCACAUCACUUCUCUGAGAAGAAAGUUUUCUUCUCUCUGCCUUUCUCCCUUCCCAAAUGUUCCCACAUGUCCCUUCCCAAAUGUUGUGUGCGUGUGUGUGUGUGUGUAUACAUACACACACACACAUGCAUGCAUCCAUGCAUGCAUGCGCAGGACAAGGAUGAAAUAUGUCAGAUGCAACACUGAGAAGGGGGACAGUGUGAUGCAUAGCUCUACUAUAGGUCCGUUAGCAUUAAGAUAGCUGAAGCUAAACGUCUAAAACCAUUAAUCCCUGUAGAUCUCAACUGACUGUCUUCAGAGAAAUUAUGUUGGAUGCUGAUUGAACUAUUCCAGACUAUGUCACAUCAGGACUAUAGCCUAAGCUUAGCAUAGAGUACUUUAAAUCCUAAUUUGAUUACAAAUGAACAUCCUUUUGUGGGCCAAUGCUCUGUCCUCUUUUCAAGGAACUGCUUUGCUGUGACCGGAGAGAAACAUUCCCGAUGCUCUACCUUCUUCUAUUUCUUCUAUUUCUUCUUCUUCUUCUUCUUCUUUUUUUUUUUUGGUCACGACCUUCCUAGAUUGCCACUAUGAGAAAG